AUGUCACAGUAUACCAAUACUUGGCGCCUUCUGUUUCUGUUUCUCAUAUUCUUUUCCCUCGCAUCCUCUACACUAGCUUCGUCGCCCGCUUCAUUCUGCAAAUGCACCUGCUUCUCAAACAGCACGAUCAUUCCGCUUGAUCCUGACAAGGGAGGCUCUUCGUCGUUACAUGGCGCGCUAAACGCCUUCAGCCGCACCGACGACAGCGGUACACAGGAUGAGAAACGCGCCGGUAACUACCGCUCGUUGAGCUGCAAUGACUGCAACCGAAAGUUUUGUCUAGGCUACGACUUGCCAACCUGCAAGGGUGCAAAGGAGGAGGAUGUUUCCACUACAUGUUUCCAACGGGACUCGAAGAAGGACGAGGCGAUUGUUUUAAUUUUCAUAAUUGCCACCGGUGGCCUUUUAACAUGGGCGGUUCUCAGACCCUGGGUGCAAAAGUGGACUGAGGCUGCUAGAGAACGACGGUCUUAUAUCCCGGUUUCCAAUAGUCCUCGACUUUGA